CAUUAAUUCCACAAUCAAUCCCAUAAAAAAAAUAAUACAAACUAGACUUUGACAUUUGGACUCUUCUGCCAAACAUUAUAGUUGGCGUCAUGGUGUGCUAUCAUAAAUAUCUUGCUUAGUUAGCCUCUUACAUCAUAUACAUUUUUGUAAGAUUUUAAUAGAGAUCUACGGACAGUAUAAAAUAAUUUUACACGAUCAUCCAAUAAAAAACUAUCAAUUUAUUAUUAUUUAUAUUAAAAAAGUGGGAUGAAGCAGGAGAUGUGGCAAAAAAAACAUUGUUUUUAUUGGCUGACGGUGAAAAAUUAUUUUACACCGUCAUAUCCAUAUUAUUUUUUCUCUUAUUAUAAAGAAAUAAAACAAGAUGGUUCUUUUAAUAGUAGAUAAGUGCAUAGUACUAGAAACCUUCAUUCAUUCCCUAAAAAUGGAGUCUCAAGCACCUCAACUACACUUUGUGUUAUUUCCACUUAUGUCCCCAGGCCACAUGCUUCCUAUGAUAGAUCUUGCAAAAACAUUAACACAACAUAACAUCUUAGUUACAAUUGUCACAACUCCACACAACGCUUCACGUUUCUCACAAACAUUUUCUGAAACACAUUCUGGUCACAAAAUUCAUUUACUUGAACUUCAAUUCCCAUCUCAAGAUGCAGGAUUUCCAGAAGGGUGUGAAAAUUUUGACAUGCUUCCAUCUAUGUCCAUGGCUUUCACUUUCUUUUAUGUAGCAAAUACUCUUCUGCAAGAACAAGCAGAAAAAGCUUUUGAAAAAUUAACACCAAAACCAAAUUGCAUAAUCUCUGAUGUUGGUUUUCCUUACACUUCUCAAAUUGCUACUAAAUACAAAAUUCCCAGAAUUUCAUUUUAUGGGGUUAGUUGUUUUUGUCUUGUUUGGCAACAAAAAUUGAUACUUUCUAAUGUUAUGGAGAAAAUAGCAACAGAUUCUGAGUAUUUUCUCAUACCUGAAAUUUCUCACAAAAUUAAGAUCACAAAAGCACAAACCCCAUCUUCAAAUGAUGGAAAUUGGAAAGAAUUUGUUGAUAAAAUGACUGCAGCUGAAAUGGUUUCUUAUGGUGUUGUUGUGAAUUCUUUUGAAGAAUUGGAACAAGAAUAUGCAAGUGAUUUGAAGAAAACUAGGAAUGGUAAAGUUUGGUGUGUUGGUCCUGUUUCACUAAGAAACAAGAAUCACUUAGAUAUGGCUCAAAGAGGGAACACUAAGGUUGCUACUUCAAUUGUUGUUGAAAAUUGCUUAAAGUGGCUUGAUUUGCAAAAUCCGAAUUCGGUUAUCUAUGUAUGUUUAGGAAGUAUGUGUAAUUUAACUUCUUUGCAAUUCAUAGAGCUUGGUAUGGCGUUAGAAGCGUGCGAUAGACCGUUCAUUUGGGUUAUUAGGGAAAGAAAUCAAACAGAAGAAUUGAAUAAUUGGAUCAAGGAAUCGGGUUUUGAGGAAAGGACUAAGGAGAAAGGAUUUUUGAUAAAGGGUUGGGCUCCUCAAGUAUUGAUACUAUCACAUUAUUCGAUUGGAGGAUUCUUAACACACUGUGGUUGGAACUCGAUGUUAGAAGCAAUAUGUGCUGGUGUGCCAGUCAUUACGUGGCCGUUGUUCGGUGAUCAGUUUUUCAAUGAGAGGUUUGUUGUGGAAAUAUUAAAGGUUGGUGUGAUGGUUGGAGUGGAGAGUCCUUCAAAUUGGGGAGAGGAAGAGAAGUUUGGCGUGUUGGUGAAGAAAGAAGAUGUUGAGAGGGCUAUAGAGAAGUUAAUGGAUGACAAGAAUUAUGAAAGUGAAGAGAGAAGAAAAAGGGCUAAAGAGCUUGCAGAGAUGGCUAAGAGAGGUGUUGAAGAAGGAGGAUCUUCUCACUUCAAUGUCACUCAAUUGAUCCAAGAUAUCCUCCAACAUUCAACCAAGUAGAUUGAUGUUGUUUGCAACAUUUUUCUUGUUGAAAAUGACAUCAUGGUGUUCAAUGAAACUUGUAGGUAAGUUCCACUCUAAGUGAUUCUUGUUUCUUAGUGAAACAGGACCAACACACCAAACUUUAUUGUUCCUAGUUUUCAUGUAAUCCUUUACAUUUUCUGGUUCCAAUUCCUUAAAAGAAUUCACAACAACACAAUAAGACCAUUUCAAGAUUAUGAUAACUUACCAACUUGUUAUUGUUUGUGGAAGAGUUGAAAUGGCAAAGUCAAACUUGAACACUUCUUUA